AUGCUCCAGUCUUUGGCCUGUCACUUGUGUCAAGCGAUGCCAAAUUACAAAGAUGCUCUAGUGGAACAGUUGUCAAGAAAUCUGGGUAAAGACCUCAACAACAUGAGUGUUAAAGAGCUGUUUGCGUUGCUGUUCAAAGAGCCUCUAAACACAGUACAAGAUCCUGGAAGAAACACCCUAACAGUCAUUGAUGGCCUUGAUGAAAGCGAGUACAAAGGACGAAAUGAGCUUCUACAUGUAAUCAGUAACCACUUUUCUAUGCUUCCACUUUGGAUUAGAAUUUUGAUCACAACUCGUCCAGAGAGGAGCAUAACAGAGGCAUUUCGACAUUUAGAGCCAAUCGAGCUUAAACAAAAGCAAGAAGAGAACUUAAAUGACAUUCAAACCUUGUUUGAAAAUCAACUCAGCAACAAAAUUGGUGAAGAGCAUAAAGAUGUUCUCUUGAAAGAGCUGGUUAAGAAAUCAGAAGGCCCGUUUAUUUACGCUUAUUUUAUAGUGGAUUUUAUCCAAAAGAAUGUUUCAGUUCUCACCCCUGAUCAGCUGGAAAGCGUAUUGCCUUCAGGUAUUUCAUCCGUUUACUUGUCCUAUUUCAAACGGUUAGAGAAUGAACUUUGCAAAGAGCUUCAUGCAGAUGANGUUCAAAGAGCCUCUAAACACAGUACAAGAUCCUGGAAGAAACACCCUAACAGUCAUUGAUGGCCUUGAUGAAAGCGAGUACAAAGGACGAAAUGAGCUUCUACAUGUAAUCAGUAACCACUUUUCUAUGCUUCCACUUUGGAUUAGAAUUUUGAUCACAACUCGUCCAGAGAGGAGCAUAACAGAGGCAUUUCGACAUUUAGAGCCAAUCGAGCUUAAACAAAAGCAAGAAGAGAACUUAAAUGACAUUCAAACCUUGUUUGAAAAUCAACUCAGCAACAAAAUUGGUGAAGAGCAUAAAGAUGUUCUCUUGAAAGAGCUGGUUAAGAAAUCAGAAGGCCCGUUUAUUUACGCUUAUUUUAUAGUGGAUUUUAUCCAAAAGAAUGUUUCAGUUCUCACCCCUGAUCAGCUGGAAAGCGUAUUGCCUUCAGGUAUUUCAUCCGUUUACUUGUCCUAUUUCAAACGGUUAGAGAAUGAACUUUGCAAAGAGCUUCAUGCAGAUGAGGAACAUUUUUUGCGUUUCCUGUGUGCAUUGACAGCUUCAAGAGAACCAUUACCAGUAGAAUUCAUUGCCAAAAUUCUAUACCCUGGCGAAAAGUCUUUGACCGCGCAGCGAAAAGUUAACAAAGCAAUAUGUUGCAUCUCUACACUGUUACCAGUUCGCGAGGGUCGUCUUCACUUUUUUCACAAGUCAAUUAAGGACUGGAUAACAGCAUCAUCGCCCUAUGAACAACAUGAUUUCACCGUGGACGAGAAAGAAGGUCAUGACGUUCUUUCUGAUCUUUGUGCUUCUGAACUCGAUAGCAUCAAGCGAAAAGGGGUUCAUGGCAGACAGUUCACCACUACUGAAAGUUAUGCUUUGAUUCAUACUGUCCAGCACAUGCUUGAUGCCAAUGAUGAUCAUAAAUGGAUUGAUGAUUCAGGGUCCAUGACUGGCACAUCCAAUCAGGUAUACCAGUAUUUGACGGACCUAGAGCUUAUGUACGCAAAAUUCUGUGUAAAUAGAACAUCUGCCACGGAGGAGCCUUUCCGUAUUUGCAAUGAACAUUCGGGUCUACUGAAUGAGCAAAGACUUUCAAUUGCAACACUGCUCUAUAAUGUUCUAAGAAAACAUUAUGAUAUGUUGCUAGAUCACCCUCACCUAUUUUUCCAAUGUUUGAUUAACGAAGGGAUUCCUCUGUUAUCGUCUGAAGCAGCAAGUAUCGUCGAAUCAUCUUUCCCCACAAUACCCUACAUGAAAAACCUAGAUAAUAAUAAGGAACAGACGGGAGCAGAGCAAGCAAGGUUCUACUGUUCAGAUAAAAUCGCUUGUUUCGAUGUUUCACCUAAAUUGGAUUACAUAGUAUGCGAGUGUCGAGACCAAACAAUCCAUCUGUUUUCCCUGCAGACUGGUAUCAAAGUAUGGGUUCGACGAUCACCAAUAACAAGAGAGUACGGUUUUAGAAAUGCAAAUGUGAGUGGUGCAUAUCAUCAGAUAGAGCAUUUUUUGUCAUUUUAUCAUUCUGUCAUCUUUCAUCCAAAUGGGAGGUCGGUACUACCUGGAACUCUUCGAUAUGUUUACACCUUGAGUGGAGAGAAAGAAGACCUUUUUCCAGAAAGUGACUGUACAUUCUCAAAAUGUGUUGUACGUUCUCCCGUCGACAAGAACGUCAUUAUCACACAUUGCCCGACGCAGCCAAAGCGGAUUAACUUUUGGGAUAUGGAAAAUGGCCGAAACCUUUUAUCUAUCGAUUACGGUAAAGACAUUUUUUCCUUUGCCGUUUCUGAUGAUGGGUCGUUGAUUGCUGUUUCGGAAAGGGAUGAUUAUGAUACAAUUACUAUAGUUAACUUAAAAGAAAACUCUCGUUUAAAUAUCAUUUCCUCUGGAGAACAAGGACCUUGUGGAUUCUUGCGCUUUACAUCCGAUCAAAACACGCUUGUUUAUGGCUUUCAAUAUUCUACUUGCGCAGAUGAAGCUUCUUGCCUCUACUGCGAAAGCGCUUAUAACGGAAUACCUGGGUUUAAUUUUAUUACGCCUUUAAAUAACAUUCACCUACCUGGAAAAAAGAAUCUGGAAGAAGCAGAAUUUACACCCUUCGUCUUGUGGCCUCGUGUUCUAUCAGGCGCUUUGACGAAAAAUGAUUUUACGGAGCAGAACAAGAGCUCUUCCUGGUUAAAAAAAAUUCAAAGAAGGAUGCCAAAUUUAUUUGCGGGUUUCUCCCUCAGACUUGACGAUGAAACAGUAUUGGCUGGCAGCCCGGAGCACAACUAUGUUAUGAUGUUAAAUGUUGGCAUACUUCAGAGUGAGUCUGAUUUCACGGACACGAAGAGAAUAAUCGACUUGCAUAAAAGAGAAAUUGUAUUUUCUCUGGAAGGAGAUACGAUCUACUUCAUUAUUUCUGAAAAAUCCAUGUUCUUGUCAUCUCCUCCUUCUUCAAUCACUGUCUGGAGAAUGUCAACUCGAGAAAUCCUGACGUCAAAGACCUUCUCUAGUCCUACAUCUAUCGCUCCAAUGAAGACAGGUGUCGUACUCGUUACUAGUGAAAAACCGCGGAUAGUAGCAGAACUCUGGAAUUUCGAUCUGUCUGAGUGUAAUCAACGUAUUGUGGAACUUACUUCUAAGACUGCUAAGCUAUACAGAGUUAACAUGUUCCCUGUAUCCGAUAGUCGGAUAGCAUUCUUUUACCAACCGAGAUCAUACGAAUUAAAAUGCAUCAGAAACUCACAAAACCGGGAGGAAAACAAAGAAUCGUCCAAAGCAGAUUUGUUAGAAUGCUCAAAAGGUAACUUCGAUUGCGUUGACUUCACAGACGUCACCAACCUUGGAGGAAAGCUUAUUUCCUCGCUAAGGAUCAAAUCCGCUGGCGUUAACGAAAGCUUAGACUGCAUCUCUUGCAGUAGCAGUUUAAGCCAAGUGCUGGUUUGUAGUUCCAGGGUCAUAAUGAUUGGAAAUCACGGCCUUGUAGACAAGGAGAAUGUAACAGUGAGUUUGAGGAAUGAAGGUAUCACAAGAUGGGAAAGACACACGACAUUUUCUGCCAAUUCAAUGCACCUGUUCAACCCAGACAUGACUUUUUCACCCAAAAAUGAUUGUGUAGUUGCGUGGAACACUCUCGACGGGGGCCAAGGUAUACACGUUCUUAAAGCGGAAACUGGAGAGACAUUGCACGUCUUUCUUAGAGACCAGAAAGAUAUUGUUAAAUGCAAGUUUUUAGAUGAUGAAUCUCUAGUAUGCUGCAGUGAGGACAACUUCCUUCGAUUGUAUAAUAUCAGAACCGGAGAUCUACUAAGUAUUUUAGACAUUGGUGAGCGACCGCUCUGUUUGGGGGCCUGUUUAUAUCAGCCUCUUGUCGCCAUUGGUUUGUCCGAGACAAGAAUAAAAUUCGUCCACGUACAGUUGCCAACAGAAUCUAAAACGAAGAAAUAA